GCUGUAGCGUGGCUCUGGCAACGCCAACAUCGUCGUGAAAAAAAUAAAAUUAAAAUUUGUGCGAGAACAUGGAAAAAACCCCAUGCGCGGAGUUCACGCCACGCCAUUGUUUAAAAUAAAAUCAAACAAUUGUGUGUUACAUCGCGCUAAGAUCGUGGUUACAUCCUGCGUGCAACCUAAAAAAUACACCACAAAUUUUAAGCAGUUUACAACUUCAUGCUUCUUCUCUCGUCGACGGCGGCGGCGCUCGUUUCGUUGUAUGGGCCGUGCGUAACAAAUAAAAUUGCCAAAAAUCGCGGAAAAUGCACAGAGGCUGUGCGGAAAUGUGAAUAAACGCAAAUCGAAUAAACAACGCGUGUUUCAGUGUGAUUCGUUUAAUCAAAAUGUUUGGAAAAGGCAAAAUCUUGUGACGACGACGUGCUGCUGCUGCGUUCAUUGACGUGACGCGCGAGUGUGUGUGUGUUUUGGUGUGUGUUGGCGCGUGGGCCAGUGUGUGUGUGGGUGAAUGUGGCUGCGAAUUGUUGUCAAACCAAAAAUAUACAUACAACAAUAGCCAGCGUGGAAGCAGCAACAAACAAAACACCACAACACAGCAGAAAAAGCACAAAUUAUUUAAUAACAACAACAAGUUGUCCAAAGGGAAGGAAAAGAAAGCCAACAGUCGCGUGCAGUGCAGUGCAAAAUGUCUCUCUCGUUUGAGUGUGUGUGUGUUGAGUGUAUAGAAUUGAAUAAGCAGUGGCACACAGCAAGAGGAAAUAUGCAAGCAGUAGCUUAGUCCAAGCAGCAACAAGAGGAACGGAACUGUAAAAUACAAGAAGAAGAAGCAGUAGCGGGCUCGAACAAUCGCCGCGCCGCACAAAUGAAGCAACCAAAUUUUGUAUAAUUUUUGCACAAGCCGACAUUUGUCUGUGCCCCCACCACCACCAACACCACCCCCCUACAACAAAACAACAACAGCAGCACAGGGAGCAUAAAUCUUUUGCCAAUGAGUCGCAGACAGUCAUUGGAUCGACCAGGAAUAUUGUCUCCUCCGGGUCCGUUUCUGACGCCCAGUCCAUCGCCAUCGAUCUCAGCUAGCCCACGUCUGCAGCCAUCGCCAUCGCUAUCGCCGUUCCCACAGGAUGUGGUGCUCGUAGCCGGUGGCAGUCAAGUGAACACCAACAGCAAUCCCCAGGACCACGAGCGCAAGGCGGCGACGCCUGGCAGGCGACAGUCCAUCCAUCAGUUCGCAAAUGGCAGCCCUAAUGCUGGUACCGUUGUCUUCCAGCCGAGCCCCUCGCAGUCACCGGCGGCCGCUGCCACGACGGUCAUUGGCGUGACGAGUGGUGGCCUCAUCGCCGCCUCAGGUGUGGGAGUGGGAGCGGGAGCAGGCAAUGCCAUAGGAAACGAGCUUAAUGCCACCCUCGUGGGCUCCAACAAUAUCCAGCUUAAUAAGAAGGGCAAUAAACGUCUCAGUCAGCAUCAGCAGCAGCUGGGACACCAGAUCUUUAGCAGCCAGGCCGUCGCGCCCACCUCCAUCAGCAGCGUAGGGACAGUAGCCGGCGGCUAUGGGCAACAACUCAAUGCCACGGCCAUCAGCAUCAGCAGCACGCCCACUUCGUUUGCGACGGCAAACGUGGUCAGCAGCGGGUCCAAGAAUCAGGCGAAGAAGACCGCCCAGACCACGGUGGUGAGCCAUCAGCAGCAGCAGCAUCAGCAGUUCCAGCACUAUCAGAGCAGCAGUCCCCUGAUAGCGGACAGCCCCAUCCCGAGUCCGAGCAACGCCAUCGCAGCGGCCUCCAUAAAGCCACCAACGCCCCAGCCACAGCAGCAUCAGCAGUCCAUGCAGAUGCUGCCCCAGCAGUUUACCAUCACUGGCGGCGCCCAGCAGCACCCGCACCAGCAGCAGGCCACGCAGCAAGUGUUCCAGUUCAUCCAGGGGCCGCAGGGUCAGCUGAUAGCCACCACCACCACCACCCAGCAGCAGCAGCAGCCACAGCCGCAGCAGCUGCAGCAACACCACCAGCAGCAGCACCACCAACAGCAACAGCAGCAGCAGCGGUUUGUGAGCAGCAAUGCUGGGAUUGGGCUGUCCACCAAGUCGGGGAAGGCGCCCCAGCAGAUCCUGCCCAAGCCGCAACAGGAGCUACUGCAGCAGCAGCAGCAUCAGGGCAAGGCCAAGGGCUCCAAUGGAGGGCAGAUCUCGCAAUCGUCACAGCAGCAGCAGCAGCACCAGUCCACGAAUCCCGGCCAGCAGCAGCAACAGCAGCAGCAGAUCCUUUUGCCGGCUGCUGGGAACCAGCAUCAGCAGCUGCUCCUCAACCAGAUGCCCGUCCUAGUGCAGCAGAAUCCCCAGGGGGUGCAGCUCAUUCUGCGCCCGCCCACGCCCCAGCUGACGGCCGCCCCCUCGCUGGUCAUCCAGCAGAAUGGACGCGGACAGCCGCAACUGUCGCAGCCGGCACAGCAACAGCUGCUGCGCAUAGUCGGAACGAAUGGCGCCACCAUGCAGCUGGCUGCGGCGCCCACCUUCAUCGUGUCCUCGCAGGCGAACCUCAUCCAGCAGACGGCGACGGGCGGCCACUUCCAGAGCGCCAUAAAGACGGGCACUCAGCUGUCGGGCUUGCAUGCGGCUCUGGCCCAGGCCCAGGCGCAGGCACAGGCGCAGGCGCCACGAUCUCAGCCGUUUGCCACGACGGCCACCCUGAACACACAGCUGCUGGGCCAGAGUGUGGCCCAACAGCUGCAGAACCUCCAGCUGGCGGCCGCCGCCCAAAUCCAGAUGCCCAACGGCCUGACGGCCAUCUCCCAGCUGCCCGCCCACCUGCAGCAGAGCCUGGGCGGGGCCACGAUCAAUCUGAAUCAGCUGAACGGAGCGCACAUCCAGCAGAUAGCCACCGCCUUCCAGCAGCCCCAGCCACCGGCCUCCAAUGGCCCCAGCAAUGGCGGCAACAACAACGCUGGACAGGGUGACAUCUUCACCCAAUCCUCGCCCGCCCACGUCCCGGUGGCCGUCACGCCCGAGCCCAUGCGGCAGGGCACACCCGUGCCGGUCAUGCAGCAUCAGCAGCAGGCGGCCAUGGCCACCAUUCAGCUGCAGCAGCAGCAACAACAGCAGCAGCAAGCCCAGAUCCAGCAGCUGCAGCAUCAGUUGCAGCAAACCCAGUCGCAGGUGCAGCAGGCCCAGCAGCAGCACCAGCAUGGCAACACCACCGGCAACGCCACAGUGGUUGUGGCAGCGACUCCAACUCCGACACCAACUCCGGCCGAGCCCAAGAAGAAGCCGCGGCCACGCAAGAAGAAGCCCACAGCGGCAGCAGCAGCUGCGGCAGCGGUGGCGGCAGCAGCAGCGGCAUCGGCAGCGGCAGAUCCACCUCCGCAGAAGAUGGCCAUAGCUUCCAUGCCCACGCCGACAGCCUCCACUCCGCAGACAGUGCGCUGCAAGUCGCCGUCGCCACCGCCAACCCACAUACAGAGGAGCAGCAAUGGGAAACUGGACCUCGGGGAUGUGAUGAAGUUUUGCGGCAUCACGGGAGACGACGAUGAUGACGAGGACUAUGGCAUGGGCAUGGACACGGGCAGCGAACAGCAGGAACAACAACAGCAGCAGCAGCAGCAACAGCAGCAGCAGCAGCCUGGCUCCAAUGAUAUCAUGAUCUCUAUACCGAACCAAAACGGCAGCGAUGGCAUGCCCUUUACGCUGACAAUACCCGCGCCACAGCCACACGGACAAUCGCUGCCGUCGAACGAAGCCACCGAAAUACCAAAUAUCCUCAUUAAGAUUGAUCCCAGCGAUCCCUCAGCCGCUACAGCAGGAGCAGGAGCACUGUCCUCCAACACACCGUACACACUGUCCACGCCACGUCUGCCAACGGCGGAGGAGAUCCAGCGACAGGCACAGCAGCAUCUGGCGCAGCAGGCAGCAGCAGCCGCCGCUGCAGCAAAGAUUAGCAUACCCCCAGCAGGAGCAGCAGCAGCCACGCCAGUUGCAGCGGGAACGGGAACAGCGCCCACGAUUAGCAUAAGUCUGCCAUUGCAGCCAACGCCCGCACCGACACGUACGCCCACGCCCACACAAACGCCACAGCCCAUAGCUGCAGCGCUUAGCUCUAAUGGCUCGGCCACGGCAGCGGUCAAGCCGCGAAGGAAGCCCGCAGUGCGGCGUAACACCAAGAAGAUCGAUGCUGCACCUGCCACCAUAUCCAUGGGCAACAGCAGCAACCACUCGACGAGCAGCAGCACCACAACGAUCAGCAGCAGCCUGAGCAGCAGCAGCAACAGCAGCAUGUCCACCACCGUCAACACCAUCACACUGACGACACCCACAACAACGACAAAUGUGCCAGUGCCCGUGUCCUUGUCGCUGCCUCUGCCAGUCCACAGCAGCAGCAGCGGGAGCAGCGGAAGCACCUCCACUUUGAUGCUCUCCCACAGCCUGGGUGGCAGCACCACAACGACCGUGCCAAGUCAGAUUGGGAACAUACAGAUCUCGCAGGUGCAGAACCAUCAGCAGUCGGGGGUGCCCCUGAACACUGCCGUGGUGGAGAAUAAGAUACAGAUUAUGCCGAUAAUGCCACCAGGAGCCACAGUCAUGGGUGGAACCCCGCAGCCACAGCAGCAGCAGCAGCAUCAGCACAACCAGCAGCAGCAGCAGCAUUCAGCGCAUGCCACCGGCAAUCAUCAUCAUCAUGGGACGCAGUUGGUCUUUCAGGGAUCUUCAUCGAUGUCCGAAUCACACACAGCCAUCAAGAUGUCCAACGAUGGGCGGCAGAUGCAGCUGGUGGCCAUACCACAGGCCACACCGCCAGCCAACACAGGCAGUGCCGCCACAUCGCAGACGACAACAUCGACGCCCGUGAUGACUGCCGGGGGUGCCACCAUAAUGGCGCCACAGCUGACCGGCGUAUCGCCAGCGUCGGCGGCUGCCGCUCUGGUGCCGCAGCUGACGGGCAGCCUCACGCUGGCCGUUUCGGAGCAGUGCGAGCGUCUGAUACUGCGACACGAUCCCAACAAUCCGCAGGAUCAUCAGUCGCAGCUCAUACUGCAGGCACUGCUCAAGGGCGCGCUGCCCAAUGUGACGAUCAUCAAUGAGCCAGCAAGGAUGCCAAUGGAUGCCAACAAGCAGCAGCAGCAACAGCAAAUGCAGCAGCAGCAGCAGCAUCCACAGCAGCAGCAACACUUGAUCAAAGUAACAGCAGCAGCAGCAGCACCCAAAAUAGAGGUCAAAGUGGCCAACAAUCGGAAGCAUAACAACAGCAUUACGAACACAAAUACGACGACAACCACCAUGAAACCACCACCGACAUUGCCUCCACCGGCGGCAGCCACAAAGACAAACCACGAGGUGUUGUCCUUUCCCCAGAUGCCGCUCAACAGUCAAGUGCUCAUCCAGCAGCAGCAACCGCAGCAGCAGCAGCAGCUGCAGCAGCCUCAACCACAGCCCCAACAAUCGCCUGUUCCUGCUGCAGCAGCUCCUCCAGCAGCCACCAACAAUGGACAACAGCGAUACAUUGCUCUGCCGCCCAUCGAUCCUUCCACGCAGCAACUGUUCUGCCUGAACAGCGUCACGAAUCACAUCACGGCCAUGAGUGCCGGACAGACGGCAGCAUCGAUUGGACCCACAGAGCGGCUGUUGAUUGCACCCGCGGGCAUCAAUGCACAGCAACUGGCGCAGUGCCUGCAACUGGGGCAGCUGCACUUCAACGAUGUGAAUCCGAUGCCAGCACAGCAGGCAGGAGCAGCAGGAGCAACGCUGCCCUUGAGGCCACAGCCGCCGCAGCAACAGAUUGUCCAUCCGAUCCAACCGAUCAGCAAUGGAUUGGCCGUCACAACGACUGCCAGCUGCACGCUGACCACGACCACAAGCAGCACUUCGACCACCACUACGGUGACCAAGCAAGUGGCCAAUGUGGCGCCAAUCAUUGACCAGAGCAAGGCAAAGCUGGAGCCAGCCAAAACGGGCUCGGGAUCUGGUCCGGCGACCAGCACGGGGGCCAUUGUGAAGAAGAAGCCUGUGCGCAAGCCCAAGGCAACGCCCACCGCUGCGGAGCUGGCGAUCCUCAAGAAUGCGGGUGUCGUGAAGCCCAUGCCGAAGCUGGAUCCGCUGUCGCAGAAACCGAACAACAAUCCGGUGCAGAUUGUGCAGCCGAAUGUGGCCAGCGGCAAGCAGAUGAUUGUCAUCGGGAGCUCCGGAGGUGGACAGACCACAACGACAACAACUACGACAAUGAGCACCAGCAUACAGCCGUUUCAGACGACAAGUGGAACGAAGUUGGUGGGCAUCACAGCGCCCAUGCAACAGCAGCAGCCAGCGGCAACGAUUCUGCAGCAACAGCAGCAGCAGCGGACGACGGGCUUUAGCCUGGUGACCAGCACAGGAGUUGUCAAUGCGGGAUCGAGUGUUGUAGCAGCAGCAGCAACAGUUUCGGUGGGAAAUCAACUGCAGAUGCAACAGCAGCAGCAGCAACCCCAACCACAGCAGCAGCAACAGCAGCCUCAGAUCCAACAGCAGCAGCAGCCAGCACAGACACCGAAACAGCAACCGAACACUGUGUCCCGUGUGCAGACGAUCCAACUGACGCCACAGAUGCAGCAGGUCUUCAAGCAGGUGCAGAUGCAGAUACAGUUCCUCACCUUUAAGCUGCAGAACAAGUCCUUUCUGCCCACGAUGCACCUCACGCAGGAGAUGGACACGGCCACGAUAGCCGCGUACAACAAGCCAAUGAGCGAUGCGGAAAUCAAUCUGGCACUGCAGCGACUCUUUGCGGAUCAGCAUCGCAUUCUGUCCUCCGGCAAGGAGGUGCCCACACCCGAAGUAAUGCUCCCGACAGCCAAUGGAAGCUUUAGUCUGAUUCCACAGGCAGUGCAGCAGCAGCAGCAGCAACAGCAGCAACAACAGUUGCAGCAGCAGGCAGCCGCUGAGCCCCUGAAGACGGGGCCCUCCCUCACGAUUCCGGCCAAUGUGGUGCAACCGAAUAACCACUCGUCCACCGCAACCACCACAACAGGAGCAGCAGGAGGAGGAUCAGUGGCAGCUGUGCAGCAGCAGCAGCAGCCACAACAGAAUAUUACCCAACGCAUUCACAUUUAUCCGAUGCAGCACCAACAGCAGCAGCAGGCCAACAAGCAGAAGCAACAGCAACAACAGGCGCAGCUAAAGGCAGCAGCCACGAACAGCAGCAUGCCGCAGCAAGUGGCACAACAGCAGGAGCAGCAGCAACCUCCUCAAUCUCUGCAGCUGAAGCUGAAGGAGUCCCCCGUCAUUCGCAACAAAGUGAUUAACAAUGCGUCCACUCAACAGCAACAGCAGCAGCAGCAGCAUCCACCAAAUGGAGCCAUCAAUAUGCUGCCACAGAAAAGCAUCAGCAUGUUGCCACAGCAGCAGCAGCAGCCGACGCUUAUAAAGAGUGGUCCGCCGCCGCUGAUCUUUGCAAGCGCCACAAAUCUGUUGGCCAGCAGCAGCAACAGCAGCAGCAAUAACAACAGUAGCAGCAGCAACAGCAAUAGCAACAUGAUGCAGCAUGUGACAAAUAUGCUGCCAAUGCCACCAUUGCAGCCACAGCAGCAGCCACAGCAGCAGCCGCAGCAACAGCCACAGCAGCAGCCGCAGCAACAGCCACUGCAGGUGCCUCAAUUGCAGCCACAACAGCAGCCGCUUCAACCACUACCACAGCUCCUCCAGCAGCCGCAGCAGCCACCACAACCAGCGGCUCCUCCAAUUCCAGUCCUGCCACCACCACCACAACCUGUGGCAGCAACAGUUGUGCCACCAGUGGGUGUGGGUGUGGGCAUGGGAGUGCCAGGAAUUGGAAAUCUGAUGCCCACUCUGCCGACACCCGUGCUGCCCAGCCUGCCCCUGUUCAUGCCACCAAAACUGGAUGAGCUGCCGCCGCUGAAGCCGAAAAUUGCACGCCUCUCCUUGUUCGUGCGCCAACUGGAGGUGGAUCAGGAGAGCUGCCUGAAGCCGGACUAUGUGAAGCCAUUCCGCACCAAAGAUGAGGCUGUGAAGCGAUUGAUUAGAUAUCACUGCAUGCACGAGAAUGAUAUGGAGCUGCCCUCCGACGAGGAGGAGGAGUUUGAGGCCACUGCUCUGGGUUUCCAGGAUAAGUUUCGUCAAUUGAAUGGAAAGUUCCAGGAGAUCCUCAUGCAGGAGUCAACUCUGCCACAUCGCACCUCAGAGUUUCUGCAAAUGCAACAGCUGAUGAUCGAUGAUCUCAAGGGGGAAAUCAAUGAUAUACGCACCGCGGAAAAGGAACUAGAGCAGCAGCUGAAGGAUGAGCAGAACACCGAGAGAUUGGCCACGUCACAGAUAAAAGAGGAGAUCAAACAGGAGCCACAAAACGAGUCAACUGCAGUGGUGGAUACCUUUGAUAUGCUCAAGAACAGCGCCGAUGUGAACAAGGCAUUCAGCAAGUCGCAGUCGCAAGUGCAAUCCCAUCCACAGUCCACUGCAGCAGCAGCAGCGUCAGCAACUGUAAAGCAGGAGGCCUUGGAGGAGGAGCAUCCCACAACCAAUGGCGAGGUGAAGAGAGAGAACCAGAUCAAGGAUUCCACUAGCAGAUUUAUCAAAAAGGAUUACGGACACUUUGAUAUUGAGUCGGAGCUGCAGACCAGCUUCAUUCUGAAGAAGAUCGAAGCCAAGUCAAGGACUAACCCAACGCCCUAUGGGGAGCAGCAGCAGCCACAGACACAACAGCAGCAACAACAGCAGUCGCUUCAGCAACAGCAACAUAUCAAAGGCAAUGGCGUGGAUCACAAUGUGGAGCAGGAGGAUGGCUGGUAUUGCCUGCAAAAUGAACUCAAUCUGAUGAACAGCGAUGGAUUGCCGCAACAGCAGCAGUCGCAGAUGAAUGGCGGACAGCAGCAGCAUUGUCGCCAGCAGCAGCAGCAGCAGCAGCAGCAACAUUUCCUGGACACCUCCAAUGGCAGCGGAAUGAUGAACAACAGCAGCAAUCAAAUGGGUGAUCUAUUCCCGAACGGUUGCAUCGACAAGAGCAACCAGAGCUCGACUAGCAGCAGCAACAGCAGUACCUGCGGCAGCGAAAACAAUGCGCCCAGCGUCAGCGUUGGUCCCAGCAAGCACAAUUCGAGCAUUGGUAACUCCUCGUGCAGCGGACAACGGCAGCAGCCAGCGGCCAUGGAUGCAGCAGAACAGAACCAGCACCCGGCCAUCAGUGAGUUCUUCAGCAGCGAUUCGGAUGUGCAGAAGUCGGUGGAGACGCGCUUGGAGGCAAUGUUCGGCGAGUCGCCGGUGCAUUUGGAUGUGAAGAACAGCAGCGAUGACCACGACAUUGAGUCAAAUCUGGACGAGAUCUUUGGCGAUUCGAAAUCCCCAGAGGUCAAGAGUAAACUGAACAUGUGGGUGCCCGAUGCCAGCUUCAUGCAGCAGCAGCAGCCGCAGCCGCAGACCCAACAGCAGUAUGCAGGACCACAGCAGCAGCAGCAACCAGCACAGCAGCAACAGCAUCACAUUGAACUGAAUUGCAACAAUAAUCCGAGGUGGAUGCAGAGCAUGGAGGCCCACUACAGCGACUUUAUGUCCAGCACAAGCACCAGCAAUGGCGAUGGCCCCAGCACACAGGGUGGACUGCUGGUGAAUGGUGGAGAGUCGCGCAAGCGGCACUGGGACAGCCAGAUGAUGGGCUCCAGCAGCGAACUGGAGGAUGACAACAGCAGCAAGCGACUGUGCACGGGCUCCUCCUCGUCCUCGUCGCCCAUGUCCUCGCAGCAACAGCAGCAGCUGGUGGUGGCGCCGCAUGGCCUGUUGGAUCCGGAGAUGCUGCUGCACGAUGGCAUGGGCGUGGAGCCGGCCAACGGGCCCGCGGGAUUCUCUCAGAUGCUGCACCAGCAGCAGCAGCCGCAGCAACAGCAGCAGCAGCAGCAGGCACCACACAACUUUGCCAAUCAUCAGGCCUACGCCAGCAUGAUGAGCACUCAGCAGCAACAGCAACAUUACCAGCACAACAUGCAACAGCAACUGCAGCAGCAACAACAGCAGCAGCAUCCACAGCAGAUGCACGUCAACCAUUUGGGCGGACAGCCUGUGGUGACGGGGGAGUACGACGAUGACAUUAGCCGGCAUGUGGCCAGUGCCAUUGACAGCAUACUGAACCUGCAGAACAGCGCCGACUCGCUGCAGUUCUCGCUGGGCUCGAUCCUCGGCGACAGCAUGCUGGAGGAUCAGCGGCAGGGAGCGCAGGCGAAUCUGCCGAGCUGCCAGCAGGAGCAGCUGCAGCUGGCACACCAGCGUCGCCGACAGCUGGGCGAGGAGAUGAACGACUGCCUGAUCAGCGGCGGAGGAUCUGCGUCCAAUGCCGUGGCGGAUAACAGCAGCAACAUCCUGCUGGAGCACCACCAUCAGCACCAGCUGCAGAUGCAGAGCCACACCGUUGGACAGGCGCCGCACCUGCAGCACCAGCACCAUCAGAGCAUCGGACAGGCACCUUCCCAGCACUUGGUGGGGCAGCUGAAUGACUUUAGCUGUGUGGCCGCCGGCCUCGACGAUCCCGUCAAGUCGAUAAUGACCUCUUGACUUGGACUCACAUCCACAGCCAGCGGAGGAGCAGUAGGAGUAGGAGCAGCGGCCACAACAUCGGCAGCGGAACUGGCCAACAGCCUGAUUCUCGAGUUCAAUGCCACCACCUUGUGAGCGUGGGCUGACAGCGACUUAAUGAUUGUAUAGAAAAACCCAUCCCAAAAUACCCCCCAAUCCCCCUCCAAUUUUUACAACCAAUUUUAAAUUUGUUUUCGGGUUUUAUCCGCUUUUUAUUUUAGAGCCUAAGUUUUUUAAAUUGUAGCCUAAAUUAUUUAUACUUAUUCUGUUUGUAUUGUUUAGUCCAAUAUUCUGUACAAAUUCUGAACCAUUUGCUGAUUUAUUGGUUACUUAAAGAAACGAUAGAAAGAAGAAGGAACGAAUAGAUGGGAGAAAUGGAGUCCCCCUCCCAUAUACAAGGCCCAGAGAGAAAGAUAGAAAAGAGAAGCAAAGAAGGCAAUUGACGCGGUGAAUUGAAAUGCAAACUAAACGACGAAUAGCAUCCAAUGCUCUCACGGAACAACAACCCUAAUAUAAUAAAUUAUAUAGUUACACUAGACAAUUUAUAUUCAAAAUAAAACCAAGAGAAAUGGGAAAGGCGAAAGAAUACGGAAAGGAUGCACGCAAAGAAAAGAAACGAAGAGAAAAGAGAAACUGAAUUGGUUGUACAAUUAAUUCCGUAAUUAAGUUAAACGUGAAACAAUUCUGUGGAACAAUUGAAAUCGAAAAUGAAGUCGCCAAUGCAGUGUGUUCAUAUAUCAGAGACAGAGGAGCAAUCAAUCAGAAUCAAUCAACCACUCCAGAUAAAACCUUCCCUUGCGUUACGAGUAUUACUAAAGAGAUUGUGUAUAUAGUUUCAGCAGUUUCAGGAAUAUAUGUUUAUAGGAAUUUUAACAGGAGAAUGCAGGAUACGUAAAGCGCUUUCCAUAUGACUGCUUCUGAUAUUACCACUUAAAAACAAACAAAACCUAUGGACGGUGUGUGCUCAAGUUGAAUGAAAUGAAAAGUAGAAAGGAGAAGGAUUAAGAGUAGGAGCAGAAGCAGAAGGAGUAUAAAUUUCGGCAAUGCUAUGGAAAGAUCUUAGGGAUACAGCAGCUCUGGCAAACUACGAAGCAAACCAAAAGCAGUUCAAAAAUCACAAUUUUAGCCAAUUUAGUUUAAACAUUUAUAAAUUAUUGAAUCUAUAAUGUAAUAAUACUAUCUUUCUACACCUCAAUGGAACGAUGAUGGAUCGAUGAUCGAUUAGACGAGCGUAUAGAGAGAGGAGAGGAACAAACAAAAUGGAAAUUUAACGAAUCGUAUCAAUUGUAUCUUGAUCUUGCGACAAAUCUGAAUUGUGAUUUGUGCCACGUUUUAAAUAUAGAUGUCUGAUUAGCUUGUAAAACAUUAAUAAUAACUACAAUUAAAAGUCUUAAACACAGUAAGCAACUACGAAGUUUAUCCAAAAAAAAAAAAACAAAACAAGAAAAACAAAAACAAAAACGAAUCAAUGAAAGAGCAAAGCAAUUGUAAAUGUUUCAAAGCAAUUACAAUACUAACUACUACUUUAAUACCACCACUAAAAACAAAAAACAAAACAAAAACCUACUACGAUACGUACUUCCAGACGGACGGAGUGGAAUGGAAGGGAAGGAAUGAAAUGGAAUGGAACGGAAUGCUUGUAUUACGUAUAGUCAGUAAGGGAACUACUUUCAAGAGGUAUCAUUAAUCUAAGAUGUGCUUCACUAUUCGGGCCUCCAUGACCCAACCCCCUGGUUCACAUCCCUUAUAUCCAUCAAAUGCCCCUUAUGUGUUACUUCAACUGGAACUUCCACCACUUUCUAGUUAUUAUUCAAAGACAAAUAACUUUCGUGU